AUGGAUUCUGUAGCCGAGGACGAUAUAACUCUUCCUCUAGAUUUUGAUCGGAGGUAAUUUGACAGUGACAUCUUAAUAGUGUUUCGCUUUGUUUGACAAGUUGUUUUGGGUUCAUCGAUCGCUGUGCGGUUUUGUCCGGGGUUAUUAAACCUUCGGGUUGAUCUAUUAUUUAUAUGGAUAGUCUUUCAUUAGCAUCAUUUGCAGCUUGAAUAAAGCUUAUUUUGAUUCUAAAUUUCAUCUCCUUAGCACUAACCUCGCAAGGUUCAGGGAGGCUGUUGUGGCGGGCACGGGAGGUGACAUGUUGGAUUCCUCCGCUGAAUUUUCCGAGGGAUUAACAGUACGACCUACAACAACAGGUUAGGAUUUCUAUUUUUGCUUCAGAGUUCCGCUCCAUCGUCGAGCUGGGGAUCUCGCAUCUCAGGCGCCAAUGGCUCAUUUGUAAUUCAUUACUUUGCCAUUUUUCCAAGGCAUGCAGUGCACGUAUACGUAAUCCCUGUAAACUUUUUGAGAUUUCCAACCUUGUAAAAUUGCUCAGGAAUUUCGAAAAGCCACACUGGCCUGUUUAGCUUAGACAGUGUGAACGUCAAGAUAAGAGACAAUUUGGAUUUGUUACUCUUUGUUGCCCGUGUGAUUGUGAGCAGUUGUUCAUAAUUUAGACAUAAGGAUUACAGUCUCGUAAUUUGAGUCUUAAGAUGAGAUGUCUGUCUAUAGGAAUAUCACGCAGUUGAGAUAACAGCUUUCAGUUUAGAAAAAAAUUGUUUUCUCUGUAGUGUAGUUAAGUUCAUAGUUACUAUAGCAGUGUUACUAAUAAACAUAAUUAUAGCUACGGUAUAGUUAUCAACAUAAUUACAGCUUUAAUUACCAUGACACAGCAUCUGCCAGAGUGCAGUCAUGAUCAACACAUGAAUUCUUUCCACAAUACCAAAACAUUGUCUAGCCAACAGGUAAUAAGAAGUAAGAAAUUGAUCAGUUUUGUAAGAUCUUGAUGGAAUGAUAAACUCUCAUAGCUUAUUUUAAAGGAAAUGUGAGGAAAGGAGAAGAGAGAAUUUUGAUUCAGAUCACUAGGAAGGGUUCCAAAUGUUUUAGUUUAGUGUUCAGACACAAAAAUCAGAAAUUCAGUCUUUCUUUAGAAUAUCAAACUUGCAGACUAAAAUCUAAAUGGAUGAGUAAUAACAUUCAUAUACUUUGACCCAUUCUUUCUGCAUUUUUGACCCAUCACUGGGAAAGACAGAGCUUGGAAACUUUAGAUAAAUUGAGGGACAAACUACAUGUGCAUCAAGAAUCUUGUACACUAGGUACACUACAGUGAAAAUAAUAAGCUGAAGUAUACUUUAUCUCCUUCUAGGUGCAGCUAAUCAAGACAGUGGUGGGUCUCCUCAAACAAAAACAAUGAAAGACUAUGAAUAUGUAAGUGAACUUUAACAGUGAUACAGUGUUCUAAUCCUUUGUUAGACUUGCAUGCACACUUUGCUUGUAGUCAUGUUAAAAGUAAACUUGUAAAUAUUUAAUAGAUGUUGUCAAGCAAGUUAUUUAACACUUUGGAUGUUAUGAAACAUUCAGUUGGGGAGCUGUGCAAUGAGUUUUACAUAUUUAUCUUUAAAUUGGCCACUGCAAAUUGAAAGGCUGGAGAUAUAGCUUCCCCUUUGUUUUUGUGGUCAUUUUGAAAGUUGUGCAAAGUUACUUGCUGUUUAUAUGGCAUUUGUUUCAGCUGGUGAACAAGCCUCUGAACUUAUUUUGCUGGUAUUCUCUCCUUGUUUAAAGAAAUUCCUUUGUUGAAAAAUCUUCUUGCUUAAUAUUGUUUGAUGCAAUUGUCUUUUUGCAUCAGAAAUAAAAGAAACUCUUUGUUUCUCACCAUUGUGAAACUACAGCAUUAGGUCAAGAUUUCUUGGAUAGUGGACCAUCUUUUUGCUUGGACUGUUUCUUCCCCUUGGAAUAUGAAGCAGCAAAAAAGAGUUCUGUACUAUGUUAAUUGUAAGAAUUUUAUCUGAUCACUCCGAGAGUUUGUUCCUUUACAAUCUCAGAAACAUAUUUUAGAAAGGUGCAACUUCAUCAACUGAUUAUGCCUGGCUGCAAUUGUAACAACCCUCUCAUUCUCAAUUAUCUCUUUACCGACCCCAAAAAUUAUGGUUAUAGAUCACUAAGUAUACAGGGUUGAUUUUUAUCCAAUUCUCUUGGUCAGUUUAUCAGCUUUAUGCAGUUAAAAACUAGGGUCAAUUAUCCGCCAAAUUAAUUUUGGUGAUAUCAGUUUCAAUAAUUCCUAGGAGCUGACAAAAGCUUUUUACAGAUGUGUGUGUCUGAGCUUCCUGUCCACCUGUGCUUUAAUAGCCAUAUUACUUACACAGUUAAAAGCAGUUGGAAUUAUUCUCCUUAAAAUGCGCAUAUUUGAAGUCUAUUUUUUUUCCAUUUUUUACAACUAAAUUUGAAGUGAACUUUUAUUUCAGUUCUUCUUUAAUUUGAAUAUUUAUAUUCUUCUUAAAUUCAAAGUGGCCCCUGUUGAUAGAAGGAAAAUGAAAAUUUAAGGCAUUUCAGGGUUGCAGCUGACAGCAUUAAGGAGUAACAAGUCUCAACUCAAGGAUGAAUAUUUUUGAGGCUGUUUGGCUAAUGUGGGCAAGAUUUGCAUUUAAAGGAUAACUUUAUUUUUUCAAUUAAACAAUGGCCAAACAGCUGAAUGAGGUUUGAACAAUAUUUAUCUGCAAAAUUGUCAAAAUAUUACAGCAGGAAUUGUGAUUUGUUUCCAUGUUGGAUUUUUGUCUUAGGAUUGUCUGGAGGUGGCUGAAAAAUCAACACAAUUAAAAAAUAUAAUUUUUGUGUGCAAUUAAUUACAUUCUGCUUUGUCCAUUCAUAGCAAAUAUCAGAGCUAAAGAAAGAAAAUUUUGGUUUGAAGCUGAGAAUUUAUUUCUUGGAAGAACGUGUUAACCAGAGUGGUGAUGUUCCAGAGGACAUUUUCAAGGCUGUAAGUAAAAUUGACUUUUUAUAAACUAAAUUUCCUGUUAUUUGUUUAUUUUUUGAUUGAAAGUAUCAACUUAAUUACUCAAUAAAUUCCAUUUACUUCAUAAAUUUUUAGAAUGGAGUUAAUGGAGUAUACAGCUUGACUUACUGUAGAAGAAAAAAAUCAAUUUAUUCCAUUUUAGAUUAAAAGAUUUUAAAGUCAUCUUAGUGAAAAGGUUACAUGUACUUUUUGUAAAUUAAGGAAUUGUAUAGGUUUGGUGUACUGAGCAAAAAGGUUUUGAAAUUUUUAACCCUUUCACUCCCAAAAUCUCCUUAGAAACUCUCCCUACUGUUUGGCAUACAGUUCUUAUGAUGUCAGUUUUGAGAAUUUGGUACUGGAUCCCCUUAUCGAUAUUUUUCUUUAUUCUCAUCACUCAUAUGCUUGAUAUUGUAUUGAUAUCGUGAGGAGAAAUUCUGUCUUGGUCACUCAUGGGAGUUAAAGAGUUGAUGGAUUAGGGAUUUUAGUUUGAGAUGAGCUAUGGCACAAAAUACGGAAACGGUGUUAAGGAAGAAAUCAGGAACAAAUUGAAAGCUUAAUUAUCAUGAUCUCAGUUGAAACAUAGAGAAACUCACUCUCUCAGUUUAAUAAUUUUUUUAAAAUCAAUUUUAUUAAAUUACAGAUUGAAACAUAUGUACCCAUAUGUAAUUAUGUAAUUUUUUUUUUCUAAAUUCAUUAUUUGAGAAAAUCAUUUUUAUUUUUUUGUCAAAGAACAUUGAGCUUAAAGUGACAGUGGAAAAGCUGAAGAAAGAAUUGGUUGAAAGACAGGAAUUGCUGGUUAAAGCCUCGUAAGUGCAAACUGUGUAAUUUUAACUGAAAUUCCAAAAAUGCUAGUUUUAGUCACAAAAAAUGCCAUAGCUUGAUUUACACUCAUUGAUAAAGCACUUACAUCUCUCUUUUCUUUUCAUGCAUUUUUAUACUUCUCAUUUGCAGUUUACAUCCUGUCUAGUCUUUCACCUUCUCUAUUUUGUUUCAUGUUCAGUGAUGUGCCAAGUUUCAUUCUAGGAGAGUGAAACACACCCUGUUUGGAAUUGAUUUUAAUUUAGAUUUUUCCCCUGUUAGGAAUGCAGUGGAAACCUUUGCUCAAAAUAAUGACACACAGAUUAAACAGGUGGGUAUUUAAAUACCAGUAGCAAUCAGUGAACAAUGACAAUAUACUGAACAUGUUGCCUGGUUUGGUUUAAGUAAUUCUGAUAGUGUUGGUAUUGAUGAUAGUGAGUGAUGUUUUGGCAACCCUGAAUGAAAGCUAUGUUCAGAGUUAUCUGAGGAUCUGUUUGUUACUACAAAAACCACAGAUUUGUGAAAUGGGCCUGAAAUCAUGCCCACUCCACUGCUUAUGUAUCGCAUAGUUCCAAUUGCUGAAGUGUCAUGUUAGAUGUCAUGGCAGAGCUAAGUGCAUCUGGGAUGUUUUAUUGUCAUGGAAAAGCUCCUUGAAAAGACAUAAGGAGGAAGAUAAUACCAGACAUCAUCAAAAAAGGAGGAGCUUCACCGCAGCCUUUUCUUUGUAAGAAGUUUCUAUGGUUACCAAAGAAAACAGGGUUAAGUAUGAAACAUGAAAAAAAUUGGAAGGAGGAAAUAGAUAUGGAAGCAUGAAGCAUGGGAAUGGAAUGUGAUGUAACUGUUUAAUGAAAGUGGGAGGGACAGGGAUGUGUAAAUGUAGCCUUGUUUCACAGGUUGGUGGUUUUCCCAGUACUUGAUCACAAAGUAGUGGGCCUGAUUGUUAUUAUUUUAUGUGCAUAAAAGUUUGCUGUUUGUGGCCUUUUCAACAUUUUUGAAAACUAUUGUUAUAAUAUUCACUCAAAAGUAAGGCCAAGAAGGCUUAGCUACAGGCAGAAAAGAAUCCAGGCUCAGUGUACUUAUUUAAUGCUGUUUAACCACACAGCUUACAGAAGAACACAAUGAAGAGCUGAGAGAGAUCAGGGAAGGAUAUGAAACAAAACUUAAAGAAAUGGAACAGGUUUGAUGUUUGUUUUGUUAAAUGGUAUCUCCAGAAGGGUUUGAUUUAGAUUUAGAAGACCACGUAAAUUUUUACGCAGUGUCAUAAAACAAAAACCAACUCUGAUGUAAUCACAAUGACCAAUCAAGACAAUGGAAUGUGUUGUAGAGAGCUAGUAAGAACUUCAAGCUGGUUUCAGUUUUGUAUGUCAUUUAUUGGGGGUGAUGGGGGAGGGGGCAGGGGGUAAAGAACUCUGUAAGCCUUUCAGGCAGUGUACAAUAAACAGUAAAGAAAAACAUGAAGCCAUCCUCGAUGGAACCAGGUGACACAUUGCUUUCAGUUUUCUAAUUGAAUUCUUGAAUAUUGCUGGUCAUUUUAUGCUCUCUCUGUUUCUAGGAAUUGGCAAUUGCUAAGAAUGAACUUGAGGACACAGCUGAUAGGCUUGUAAGUGACUCAAACUGUUACUUUUAUGAAGAAAGAUGUUUUCGUCUUGUCAGGAGUGUGGGACAAAAAAAAUUUCUGAGUCCCCAUGAGGAAUCCAACCUCAGACCUUCAGAUUCUGUGCCCCAAUGUUCUACUACUGAGCCAUAGAGACUCCAUGGUGAGCAAGGUCUACUAUGAAGUUCACAUGACAUGUGUCUUGUAUACUGCUAGGAUCAGCAAUGUUACUUUUAUGUUGCUUGAUAAUAGCCCUUUGUUAUUUUAUAGCUCUAGGUCAAUUAUCUGACCUUAUGACUUGUGAAUUAUCUUAUUCAAGCAAACAACUUUCAUAACUCAGAUACAAUCACAUUAACUGUCUGACCCAUUAAAAGUGACGUGCAUCUAACCUUUCCUCACAAUAUCAACCCUAAAUCAAACAUUGAGGUCACAAGAAUAAUAGCCUGCAGUGCAGGCGUCUUGUUAGUGCAAGCUAAUGCUAAAAAGCUCACGAUCAGUUGUUCGACCAGCCAUUUUUGAUUUGCAGUUAGAGUGGAUGGUGGGGGUAGGGGAGGGGAGAAAAAUCUUCCAUCCCCUACCCCCACCCCUCUCCUUAUUCAUGAAUGUCAACCGCCCCCUUGGUAUAAAUUUUUCCUCUCCCCACCCUCUCGCUGCCAUUAAAAUCAAAGAUGGCAGCCAAAACAUUCGUUAUGAAAUUACUUAGCACUCACUAGCCAAAAUUACGCCUGCUCUGCAGGCUACAAGAAUAAAGGAAAUGAUCACCAACUAAAGAAGCUCUUGAUGGUUUAACAAAUUCUCCUUGUCAGCACUCUAAGAAAUGUCUAGGGAGCAGCACAGAGAAUAUGCAUGUUGAUGCAAGGGUGUAAAGAGUUAUUGACCAAAUCAUAUAUUUUCAUAUACAGGUAGAGAUGGCUAAUCUUAAUCAACAGUUGAAUGAGAAGCUGUUAGAGGGUACUGAUGGAUUCCAUGAUGAUCAGCAGCAAAUGCAAGUAAGGUUAUAAAUUGUCACAAAACAUACCAAACUUAUGUUUUCACAAAAGCCAAUCACGAUCUGAAGCAAGGAUGUCAUAAGGAAAUAUAAUAGAUGUAUGACCUGUGUUGAGUAAGCAUGUGAACUGAAUUAUGCUUGUGUACCAUUGUGGGGGGGGGGGAGGGUCCAGGAGAAUCAUAACAAGUUAAAAAUGGCCUGAAAAGUUUUCUGCACAACAAGAAAAACAUUUGUGAUUCACUUCUUUGUCUUUGCCUUCCUCUUAGUUUGUUAAUAAGGAGUAUUUGGUAUGUAUUUUCUCAAUCUUUUUUUUUUUUUAAAGGUUGCCAUGAAGGCCACUUUAGAUGAGAAAGACAGGUAACAGUGAACUAUGCAUUUCCUUAAUAUUUACUUUCUUGAUCAGAUACUUGUGCUUACAUGACAUCGGCAAGGUUUACAUAUGUAUUUGAUCUUCCAGUCAAUACAUUUAAAUAAAUAUUGACACUUACUGGUGAUCUCUCUGAUGCCUUUGUCUCACUUUUCAGGAUGAUAGAUGAUUUGAGAGGGUCUCUUACUUCUGUACAGGCAGAGAACAAGGUUAGUUGGUUUUUCAACACUUCUCAAAUUUCUUUUGACUGAUUCUCAAAUCCUCUGUGUUUAGAUGCUCAAAGAUUGAGCUUACUCUGUGAUGAUCUGUAAUGAUGAAGGCAAUGGCAAUAAUGAUGACAGCAGCAACAGUAAUGAAAGCAAUAACAACAAUGAAUAACUGUUACACAGGUCAUGAUAGUUAUUUGCGAGAAUGAGAGGGAUAUAUUUCUAAAGUUCUAAUUAAUUAUGAUUUUUUUUUCAGGAUUUGAAAGAAAAUUUGGACAACCUGAAGGAUAUUCAAAGCCAGCUGGAGCAAAACAUCCCCCAUGUACGAUCAAUCAUUAGUGAAAACAUUUUUGGGAUGACAUUAAAUGCAUACAUGCAUUGGAGUGUCUCACACUCUUGUGAAUUUGUUUAUCUAAUAUGCAUAUAUUUUCUAUAUUUUUCUGCUGUAGUGUAACUGGCUGAUUUUUAUGUAAAUCAGUAUUUAUAGUACAGCCUGAAGGUUAGAAAGUACUGGUAGAUUUUGAAGGGAUUCCUGGGAUUAGUGGCCAUUUGAUCCCUCCUAAAAGUAUUUUAGUGCUUAAUUUCAAAGUUGCCAGAUUGCUAUUUGGUCAGUAAGCCUUUAUUACACAUACAUGCUCUUCAGUGGGAGUAAUUAUCUGUGUGUAACAGGAGUUAUCAUUUGAGUGGUUUGAGAACUGGGGCCAUGAAUGAAAAUGGUUACUGAGAAACUACUAGGGGAGAUGUGAAUAAAUGCUAGGGAUUAACCUCAUUAGAGUGGUAUCCCCUCAAAGAAGGCUUGCAACAAACCGAAUCACUUAAACUUUUGGGUACAAAAAAAUCUGGGUUUAAAUUCAACAGGAGUGAUCCAUUACACCUGCAACACCUGAUCUCUUCAGAUAGGUAGAAACAUUUUGGGGGACUUUUCCGCAAUAUUUUGUUAAUACAUCGAUAAGAUUUCUUAAUGGUAUGUCUUCUUUCUUCAUAACAGAGUUUAGAAAUGAAUGAGAAACAGAUCCUAGAGUGCCAGAGGAGAAUCAAACAGCUGACAGAGGAACUAGAAAACAAAAACCAUAAGUUAGAGGUGAGCUCACAAUUCAAAGUUUACAUAUCAGGUCAGCAGGGGUAAGAAUUAACUCUGAAAUAAGUUUUUUCAUGUAAAUCUGGUAAUGAACCAACUGUGCGUUUUUGCUCUGAUAAAGGAGCUGAAGGAGAAAGCCAAGAAAACAGAGAGGACCAACAGGGUAAGAAUCACUGUUUUUCCUGUAGUUGUAUGAAUUGCUUAAAUAAGGCAUCUAAGUGGUGGAAAGUUUAAGAAAGGGUUUGGAGGUUUUUGACUACUUUGGUAACCACUGUAAAGGACCAUUCACCACCAGACUAUUCCAGUGUUUCUACCAGUUUCAGUGGCGUGAGGUAGCUACAACCUCAAAUCCCUGUCUUGUCUGUAGUUGUAUGAGUUGCUUUAAUAAUGCAUUGAAGUGAUGGAAAGUUUAAGAAAACGUUAGGAGGUCUGUUGCCACUUUGGUAACCACUAGAAAGGACCAUUCACCACCAGACUAUUCCAGUGUUUCUACCAGUUUCAGUAGCGCGAGGAAGCUACAACCUUGGACACACUUUGUUCAAGAAUUCUCAUUUCAAAUAAUUAAUUUUGUCCCAAAAAAUGCACUCCCACUUUCAAUAACCUAAAACAUUCAUUCCAUUGGAUGAUAGCAAAAUGCAUAGGUUCGUCACGAAGAUUUUUUUUUCGACAAGUAUGAGGAGGGAAAAAAUGCAAAGGGAGCAGAAAUUUAUAGCUCUUGUUAGCAAGGUUGCAGUUGGAGAUAGGGAUAUUAUUAAAUAGUAAACCAGAGUAGCAUCCCACAUUGUCCUCUUUGAAUAUUUUAUAGCCUUUGUUAGUAAGUGUUCAGCCCAGUGAUGUUCGCCCAGUGAUGUGCUUGUAAAUGAAAACUUGCAGACAAAUGUGUAAUUUUGUUUUACUGUUGGUCAGGAAUUAAGAAAUCAGCUUCAUGACAAGGAAAGGGAACAGCAUCUUAAUUCAAGGAACUCCACCGAUAAUUCACUAUCUCUGGUGAGAAUAAUACAUUUUUCUGUUCAGAAUUAUUCAUGGACUGCAAUUUCUCCCUACAAUAUUUCCUUGAGUCAAAUCAAGAAAUUAUUGAUCGUCAAUCUAAGAAGCUCCUUACUGUCAAACAAUUAUCCAAGGCAGUACUGUUGAAAACAAAAAGAGAACAAUAGGGAGAACGUGAAUACUAAUGUUAGAGUAAAUGCAUAUUCUUCAUACUGUUCUUUAAACUUUUCCUAGGGUGCUGACAAGGAGAAUUUGUCUAACAAUCAAGAGCUUCUUUAGUUGGUGAUCAGUUCCUUUAUUCUCCUGGCCUUAAUAAUAGAUUCAGGGGUGAUAUGGUAAAGAGAAAUUAGAUGCUAGUCACUCCUAGGGGUUAAACGAUUAAUGGCUUGAAAUAAGGAGUAACAAUUAAUUUGGUGAAAGUAGUCCUGAACAAGACUGCUGUCGGCGGUAAUGAUCGACGUUUGAACAACCCAAGCAAAAGUCAUCCUUAGAGUCUUUCAGCCAAUGACAUCAUGGCAAAGCUGCCCGAUCAGUUUUCACAAAUCAUUUUUAUUACAAUUGACUUACAGAUAGCUCCUCCUUGGAAAAUAACUAUUGGUAUAUACCACACAGGUGAAUAGUACUUUUCGUGCGCGCUGAUUGGUUAGUUCGGAAGUGACUAACAAGUAUUAUUCACCUUCGAGCAGCCGAUGAGACGAAUUCGCGCGUCGGGAGUUUAAUUUCCGAUUAUUUUCGGUGAAUUGACAGAAAUAAGCUGAUUUUUUGGUUUCUGUAGGUUACCUACUGAAACAGUUAUUCACCUCAGUGUCGGUGAAAGAGGUGAAUAUUCAUUUCGGUGAAUAAUGGUUAAUUGUUUUCUUUCCGCAUAAAUAUGCCGCAGAAUUCCGGCGGGCGUGGAGACCGUAAUAUUAUGCUAAGUUUCCACCUGCAAUAUCGCAGGAAUUAGUGAUACCGCAGCUUAGAUUUUGGGCAUUUCGAAAAUGAUAUCUUGACGGUAUGUUGUAAAAAAUUUUCGGUCAUUUUUCGCCUCACAUCGCCGUAGCCUGCGUGUUUCGUGUUUGAAGUUUUGCUUCCUGUAACUAAACGAGAUUUGGUUGACAUAAUGGCUGAGCCUCAAGAACCGGCUGCUGCUGAGCUAGAAGCCUUGUCCACUACCAUUUCCUGCUGUUGACUUAGGUCGACCAGCCGCAGCGCUACAACUCGCGGAGGGAGUGGAAGUAUGCCAAGAGGAACUGUUAGGCGAGGAAUUUCAAAGGUUCAUAUGUUUUAUCUUUCUUUCGGUUUAUGUUCACUAUUUCUCCGCCCCCGGUGUUUCAUAGUGUACUUUCAGAUUUUUUGUUAGUCUAGGUUUGUUCUUCGGUUGCACUAUCGGCGCUCGCUCGUUGAAGUUGAGCUUUAUUCUGAUUUGUUGUUCGCUCUUGUCGAGCUCGAAUCAGAAUACGCUUGUGCGUUACUCGCCGUGUGUCGGCUUUGUCUCACUUUCGCUUGUGUGUGAAGCGUCACUUUUCUGGUGGACGCCCUGUGUCGUGUUCGUUCGGUUGUCAAGCAUAAAUUUUCAUGUGCCGUGUGUCGGCUUAAUCUAGGUUUCAUUUAUGUGUUAAGCGUCAGUUGUUUGACAGACGCCGUAUUGGGCUUGUGUGCCAAGCGACGAUUUAAAAUAAGCAAAAGCCAAAAGUGUCGGCUUGAGUUUGUGUGUCAAGCAUUGUGCUGUUUGCCGUCUUUAGCUUAAACGGUCACUUGUGUGUGAAACAUCAGUUAAUUGACAUACAGCGUGUUGUGGGCCUGGGUAUUAGGUAUCAAUUAAUUUAGUGUUGGCCCUGUGUCGGCUUUUAUUUAUCAUUGGCUUAGGUGUCAGGUUGAAUUCCAAGAAGGGUGGUUCAGCCUCAGAGAUAGCAUGAAUUUGCACGGCUCUUGUGUCGAGAAUGGUCUCUUAGUCGCCGUCUUUCGGCUCUUUGUUAUGAUUUGCAUGUCCAGUAUUAGAAUAUGUGGGAUUUCUGAAGGUCUCUAUGCAUUAGCAACCUUUUAUAGCUGUUUGCAGAAAGGUUUUCGUAAAAAAGGACAAAGUGUAAGAGACAAUCUCGCAAGGUAACUUGGGUAUCCGGUAAAACAUUGAACUUCAAUAAGGAAAACAAAUAAAUAUGGACGAAAGGACUGAUGAACAGCGGAGAAAAAAUACCGACAUGCGCGUGAAUACGAGAGGAAAAAAACAAUCGAAUAUUUCGUCGUUGUAAAUAUUUUUUCUCUUGGUCACUUCGAAUUUGCUCCUGUUGUGUUUACAUCGUUUGCGUCGUUCUUUAGAGUCCGCUCGUUCUUUUUUUUUUUUCGUUUUGAAUCAAGUUUAUAAUUAAAAGUCGGUCUUGAUAAAAUACUUUACAUGUGGUGUUUCAGUUUACCUCUGGUCGGAGGGGUUUCUGUGUUUUAGGAGAAAGUGUCUUCUGUCAGCCUUCCUAUAUAUGACAGGGUAAUUUAGUGUUAUCAACUGAAAAUUGGCCAACGAAGAGUUUAAAGAGCGUUAGCCUUUCGUCUAUCGCUCUGACGAAGGGCUAACGCUCGAAACGUCAGCCUUUAAACUUUUGCGGAGGCCAAUUUACGUUAUCAACUCAGUUGACAACACCAAAUUAUACUGUUAUACUCUCCCACGGUCGCAGCACCACAGGUUCUUUAGAAACUUACCCCCUUUUUCCAAGACAUGGUCGCGGGUACUCAAUGAUUUAUAGACUGGAGUUACAAGACGAGUGAGUAGCCAAAGGUCACAAUGUUUCCCCAGUCUUGACCACGCCAAACAACGAGCAGCAUAAGGAAGAAAUGAAAAUGGUUUACUGUGCAGGUUGUUUAAAUGUUAGUCAUUACGACCCACAACAGUCCUUUUUAGAACUACUCUCUUUUAGACAAUCACACCACAUGAUAAAAUUAUAUUUUAAAGUGAAGUUCUGAGAAGAGACGGAACGUCUUGAAAUCUUUUAAAACAUUUGAAAUGUAUUUACUAGAAGAUGAUUCUGUGAAUUUUUGUUUGUUCAUCUCCAGUGAAAUCAUCAUUAGCUAAUUGUUUAUACCAUGUACAGGGAAUCGUAGUGUGUUGCUAAUUCAGCUUCAAUUUUUUAUGACAUAGAGUCAGAGGGAUGGCCCCAAGGACAGUGAGGUAGGGAAAAGUAGAAAAAACAAACGUAUUCAAUUAACUCAGGGAUUCUAAAUGCAGGACAAACAGUAUUGACGAGUGCUUUUCAGAGAAUGCGUGUAUUAUGAAACAGCUACGAGUAACAUACAUCCAUGUUGUUUUAAGUUUCUCCAUCUUUCAGGCUUUUUCUUCCCCACCCACCCCCCCCCGACCCCAAUCCCUUUUCCACUUUACUUGACAUUUUAAGAACCUAAGGAGUGUACUUCUAUCUCUCUGUUUUGUAUUUGACUUAAUUUUUAUAAUGGCUAUUCUAAUAGUCGAGGAGGAGAUUUUAAAAAGAGACCUAAGAAAGGCUCUACGUAGCACCACCACUACACAACGGGUUUGACAUCGGGUGAUGAUAGCCUGUACCCAAAGAUUGUGGCUACGUCAGUCAUAGUCUCAAAUUAAGGGGUCAGUGACUCGCCACACACUAAUUUUUAAGGAAUAGGGGUGCUUUUGGGAGUACCAAUAUGUAUGGGUUUAGGAAUAUUUUUAUCUCUGGAGUUGACAAAAAGGUUAUUUUUUUUUUUUUUUUGGGGGGAAGGGAAUGAGCUCAAAUAAGUUAUUUGCGGUCAGUUAAACCAUUACCAUAACAAAGGUUGGCAGGGAAACCAAUAGAAACGUUUUUUGUGAUUAAAACUCCGAUUUAAAUUAUGACAUCUUCUCGAUUUGUGGUAAAAUAAAAAAUCCUAAUCGAUUUGUUGAUGUUUUAUUGCUAAUUUUCAUUUUACUCCCCAGAUUCAACCAAAAAAUACAAACUUGACAAAUGAUCAGGGAGCUUUUCUUAUCAGAGCUCAUUGACUCCAUUUGAUCAGUCUAACAAACAAGAUGGUCAUAGUGAUCGGGAGUUACUAUUAGAGCUCAUCUACUCUCCGAUCAACCAACGAACUUCUCCUCAGUUUGUUUAUACGGAGCUCUUAUUGUCACAUCCCGUAGAGCUCAUUGACUCCCCCAAAUCAUGUAAGCCAACAAACAUCUAGUGAUCGGGAGCUCUUAAUAACAGCUCAGAGCUCAUUGGCUUCCUGAACGACCCCCCAGGAGCUCUCAUCGAUCAACAAACUUCAGUGAUCGGGAGCCCUUAUUAGGGAGCUCUUAGUAGAGCUCAUUGACUCCCCCCCCGAUCAACCAACAAACUUCUAGUGAUCGGAAGCUAUUAUUAGAGCUCAUAGACUCUCCGAUCAGCCAACAAACAUCUAGUGAUCAGGAGCUCUUAUUAGAGCUCGUUGACUCCCCGAUCGAUCAACAAACUUCUAGUGAUCGGGAGCUCUUACCAGAGAUCAUUCACUCUCCGAUCAACCAACAAACUUCUAGUGAUUGGAAGCUAUUAUUAGAGCUCAUAGACUCUCCGAUCAGCCAACAAACUUCUAGUGAUCGGGAGCUCUUAUUAGAGCUCAUUGACUCCCCGAUCAACCAACAAACUUCUAGUGAUCGGGAGCUCUUAUUAGAGCUCAUUGACUCCCCGAUCAGCCAACAAACUUCUAGUGAUCGGGAGUUAUUAUUAGAACUCAUCUACUCUCCGAUCAACCAACAAACUUCAAGAUAUCGUGAGCUCUUAUUAGAGCUCAUUGACUCCCCGAUCAGCCAACAAACAUUUAGUGAUUGGGAGCUCUUAUUAUAGCUCAGCGAUUCCCCUAUUGAUCAACAAACUUCAAGUGAUCGGGAGCUCUUAUCAGAGCUCAUUGACUCCCCAAUCAGCUAACAAACUUCUAGUGAUCGGGAGUUCUUAUCAGAGCUCAUUGACUCCCCGAUCGAUCAACAAACUUCUCGAGAUCGAGAGCUCUUAUUAGAGCUCACUAACUCCCCGAUCGAUCAACAAAUUUCUCGUGAUCGGGAGCUCCUACCAGACCUCAUUGAUUCCCCGAUCGACCAACAAACUUCUAGUGAUCUGGAGCUCGUAUCAGAGCUCAUUGACUCCCCAAUCAGCCAACAAACUUCUAGUGAUCUGGAGCUCUUAUCAGAGCUCAUUGACUCCCCAAUCAGCCAACAAACUUCUAAUGAUCGGGAGCUCUUAUCAGACCUCAUUGAUUCCCCGAUCGAUUAACAAACUUCUCGUGAUCGGGAGCUCUUAUUUGAGCUCAUUGACUUCCUGAUCAGCCAACAAACUUCUCGUGAUCGGGAGCUCUUAUCAGAGCUCAGUGACUCUCCGAUCGAUCAGAAAACUUCUCGUGAUCGGGAGCUUUUAUCAGAGCUCCUUGACUCCCCGAUCGAUCAACAAACAGCUCGUGAUCGGGAGCCCUUAUCGGAGCUUAUUAACUCACCGAUCGGCCAACAAACUUCUUGUGAUCGGGAGCUCUUAUCAGAGCUCAUUGACUCCUUGAUCAGCCAACAAACGUCUCGUGAUCGGGAGCUCUUUCUUGAGCUCAUUGACUCCCCGAUCGAUCAACAAACGUCUCGUGAUCGGGAGCUCUUUCUAGAGCUCAUUGACUCCCCGAUCGAUCAACAAACUUCUCGUGAUCGGGAGCUCUUUUCAGAGCUCAUUGACUCCCCGAUCGAUCAACAAACUUCUCGUGAUCGGGAGCUCUUAUCAGAGCUCAGUGACUCCCCGAUCGAUCGACAAACUUCUCGUGAUCGGGAGCUCUUAUCAGAGCUUAGUGAGACCCCGAUCGAUCAACAAACUUCUCGUGAUCGGGAGCUCUUAUCAGAGCUCAGUGAGACCCCGAUCGAUUAACAAACGUCUCGUGAUCGGGAGCUCUCAUCAGAGCUCAGUGACUCCCCGAUCGAUCAACAAACUUCUAGUGCUCGGGAGCUCUUAUCAGAACUCAUUGACUCCCCGAUCGAUCAACAAACUUCUCAUGAUCGGGAGCUCUUAUCGGAGCUUAUUAACUCAUUGAUCGACCGACAAACUUCCUGCGAUCGGGAGCUCUUAUCAGAGCUGAUCAACAUCUUAAUCGACCAACAAACUUAUGAUAAGGAGCUGUUUAAGAGCUCUUUGACUCCCCAGUUGACUAAUAAACUUCUUGCGAUUAGGGGUACUAAAUUGAACGCAUCAUCAAAUCCACUGAAGUAAGGUAAUUUUCGAGGAAACAAACUCUGCCAUCUAUUCUUUCAGCAUUUUUUUUAUUAUAUUUCACAAAAUCACUCACUUUUCAUGAUUUCCCUAGCAACCGUUCCCAUGAUUGCGUACAACAAGUCAACUUGAAUAAUCACACACUCGGUAACUGUCAAUGUUACCUCACCCCUCUAAAUUUAAUUUUACUUGGUUGAGUAGUUCCGGAUGUGUUGUUGAGAAGUUCCUCACACAUAAUUAUUGGUACAUCCAAAAGCACUGUACCGCUCUUAAUAAUAUACAUGAGAAAAUUACGCACUUCUGAUUGGCUGAAAACGUGUAGUGAGGGUGCUACGAGGUCGUCUUUUUCUGGCUUUUCCUCGUUGACUACUAUUGAAGUUUCGUCAAAAAUCUAGCUUCAGCAGUUGCAGACCAAAGUUCAAGACUUAAAUCAGAGUUUGACAGCAACACGAGAGGCAGCACAUACGGCCAAGAGAAAGUGGUAUCAGGUCAGUGGAUUUACUUCUAAAAACUGUUAUUAUACUUACUUUAAUUAAGGUAAACAAUUGAAAGUCAACCGCCAUGACCUUGGUAUGGAAGGGGUGAUAUUCUCUCCGGGCUAGACACAACUUCUGGAUACCCCAGGCACCCACCUUCCAUUUAAGCAAGGCAGCAGUUUAACUGAUGAGUAUGAAAAGAAUGGUCUUGUGUUUGUAGAGGUGCCACGUACUGUACAUAAAAGACCCUUAAAAAGCCAAACGUUUGCCUAAUUUCUCUCGUAACUUUGAACUACAUUCAUAUUCCUUUUUGUAUAUUUAGUUUGAUUUUCAGAUACUUUGUGUACUUGAUUACGUUUCAAAAUCUGUCUGAAUUAUUUCAGGCUUUUGAGGAACAUUCUGAAAUUCUUAAGGCAAGAGACGCCAUGAUAGCUGGUCUACAAAGCUCUUUGAGUGCAAAAGAUUUGGAAUUAGAGGUACACGAGUGCUAAGUAUAUGCUGCAGUUUUUGUUUAAUGUGGUUCAGCAGAAGUAUCCAGACCUCAAUUUCCAAGCUUUACUGAUGCAAAACAUUAGAAAAUUGUUACUCAGCCCUUGAACUGAGCAAUAAAUUGACCUCCUUACUGUUGACAAAUCACUAUAUUUUGUAAAACCUCGUACAAUAUCUGUUAAUUAUUUGAAGACCAUUGCCACUCUAGAUCAUUUUGUAGGCACUCAGGUAAGUAAAGCUAUCGUCAAGUGGUUUAAUUCUAACAGUUCGCUUGAAAUUUUAUCUAUUUAUUUACUUGUUUUUUUUACUUCCAGAAACUUAUUCAGUCCUUGUCUUCCAAAGAAGUUGAACUGCAGAGAUUGAACAAUGGGAAGUUCCUCCUUGAACAACGCCUAGAUGAAGUGUUAAAACAGAAAGAACGUGAGCAAGCUGUGAGUCAAGACUGGCUACACUAAUUACUCUAUACAGGCUAAUCAGUUACGAUAAAAAAAUAUAUGAAUAUAUAUAUGUAUAUCUUAUGCGGAAUUUUUUUGCUGGGAUGCGGCUGGAAUGCAAAAUGGCUGAAUUACAUCUGUGCAUGACUGGUUAUGACCCAAUUUGAAAAUCGUUUUUGUGAUCCUAUACCGCCACUUUAGUAGAAGGCCAUCCUCAGCCUUCACCCAUAUUCUUGAAUUUCUAGGAACUUAUGGAAAAACAUAAAGCGCUCUCUCAAGAACACUAUUCCAAGAUGGACGCUCUCGAAGAAGCUUAUCAGGUAAAAAACAUAUCAGGCCUUUUGCCAGUAAUUAAAGUAAUGGAUCGGACUUGGAGUAUUUAUGCAGCGUGGGACUUUUUGAUAAGUCACUCAGUUAAUCAGAGAGCUCCCUAAGUAAACGUAGAUCUAAGGCGGCAAAUUUAAUCAGGAACAGGACAAAAAUGGUGGGGCAUUCCAGAGUAUAAUAGUGCUCAGAAUCAGGCUGCACGAACUAUUCGCUGGUCGCAGGAGCCAUUUAGCUCACGUUUUUUUUUUUUUUAAGUCAUGAGGCGUAUUGAAGAAUUGGAGAGGUUUUCAUUUGAUUGGCGUAAACACAAAACCAAAGUUAUCGCAACGACCAAUGAGAAAAAGGUAUAAAUCACAAGGUUCCAGUGAGAACUCAAAGUGAAUCCAGGAAAUUGCCGAAAGCGCCGGUAAAAGUACUGACAACGGUGCAAUUCUUCUAAGUUUGUAUCUGAUAGGGUAGCGCGAGUUUUAUAGAACACUCGCACGAGUCACGCGAGUAAAACCAUUACAAUCAUGAAUUACUUUCGACACACAGUUGAAAAUUGUUCUUUAGAAGGAAACCUCAAGUUAGUGGUGAGCUUUAGUGGACAAGAUGUAGAUGAACCAGAAAGGAACAAUGAUAACCAAGAAUAGAGGAAUAAAGAAAAUUUGGCAUAGGUUUGUUUUGCUUUCUAUCGUAAAUGUUGGUUGUUUGUCCUCAGCACGUGACUGCUGGAGCUCAAGAACAACUCGAGGCAAAGGACCGACUUAUCCAGAAGCUGGCAGCUAGCAACAAGGAGAAAGACAAUUUAAUAGCGGUACGUGCUACCCCCUUUUUUUUUGGUUAUUUACUCUGUUAAGAUAACAAAGAACGUACGUAAAAAAGCAAGAAACUAAUAAUAAAUUGUAUGGUCACAUCAGCACAUGUAAGAGUGGGCUUAAUCCCCCUGUAGAUUUUUUCCCUCGGAGAUUCGUAUCCUCCGAAGCAAAUCAAAUUAUUUUUCAUCCAAAGCAGCAGCGGUCACCUGUCUUGUUUUUAGGUUAUUAGAACCAAAAUCUAAUUUAGAAAGGUCAAGAUGAUCGCAACGCUUACCUCGUGAUUACCACAUGUUACCAUCAAGUGGUAAUGAAGUGGUAUAAUUAUUCAUUUGAGGACAACAGUCAGUUUUUUUUAAACUAUUGCAAUACCUUGGUAUACAUUUAUUAUGAUAUAGAAACUUUUGAUCGGGAACAGUUUCGAGGCUCUAUCUUGUAACUAAAAUUCUACGAUUAGAGGAAGUUUUAAAGCUGAUUUUAAAAAAAUUCCGCUGGGUUUGCCUUCCCUUUGCAAUUCUACCGUACUGAUUCCCCUUCCACAGUUAUUGUCCUCGAUUGAAAUAUUUUUCUAAAUUACCAGGACUUCGUAGAGGCUUUGAAGGGAAGUGGUAUGGAUGAUUCAGUGGUCAAGGUAGGUAGUGCUGCAUGAUGUGUUGGUUUGUCCAUCUCGACAAAUGGUAAUUUAGUGUUAACAACUGAGUUAAAAACGUAAAUUGGCCAGCGUAAAGAGUUAAAAAGCGGACGUUUCGAGCGUUAACCCUUCGCCAGAGCGAUUGGACAAAUGUUUGCUUAAUAUCUCCAGUGGUAAACCAUCCUUGGUUAUUUUUGAUCUAUUGUCACCUUUCUGGCCUUUGUCUUUGAAGUCUUAUUUUACAUACAGACAAAUUUUGAGGACGCAAAGAAUGACUUGUAAUAACGUGGUAUAGAUCUUGAAUCUUAAAAGUCUUUGUUUGUUUAUAAGGUUAAGAAAUUAAAAGGUGAAUGGUAAAAACCUGGUCACCUGUCUCUACCAGAGCUCCCACCCCCUGCCUCUAAUUUUGUCGCCAAGGAGUAGUAAGAUAUGAGAGCAUUUUUCCAAGGCUUGAAUAUUUCUUAUUAUUCAAAAAUAUUCCUUCAGCUUUUAUCCUGGCAAAUGGUUUCCCAGCUACUCAGAGCAAAUCACAUUUUUUACUCAUUUUGCAGGGCUCAACUGAUGAUCAGGAGAAUCUUUUGAAGAAACUGACCAACUACACUAAAGAGAAGGAUCGUGCUCUCCAGGUUGGUUAUACACAACUAAACUGAUAUUAAUAAAGGGGCUAAGGUUCUAAAGAAACUGUGGUACUGCAUCAGUGGGAGAGUAUAACAUGGUAAUUUGGAAUUAACAACUGAGUUGUUAACGUAAAUUGACCAUUGUAAAGAGUUUUGAAGCUGACUUUUUGAGCGUUAGCCCUUCGCCAGAGCGACGAAGGGCUAACGCUCGAAACGUCAGCUUUGAAACUCUUUACGGUAGCCAAUUUAUGUUAUGACUGACUUAGUUGAUAAUUCCAAAUUACCCAAUUAAAGUAAGAUUAAGUAGUGUUUUAUGUUCAUUUUAACUCACAACUUAAAUUUUUGCAACAACAGGAAACUAAGAGUCCUGACCCUUUAUGACUAAUAUUGUCUUAAAAUGAAUGGAAAAGGGAAAUCAAACAAACUUUUCUUUGUGGUUAAGACUCGUUUCGUUUGACUUUUCAUUUCCAAAACCCCGUUGGAAAAGGCUAUUUGAGCCCAGGGACGUCUGCUUAUCAGAGCACUGCUUCACAGCCUAAGACAUUGGUACAUAUUCCUAUCUGCUGAUAUCACGCGCCAAAGAGGCUGUGUUCUAAAUUUUUUGUUGAAAGUUUUUCUUUACUGCAGUUUUCGAUCAGUCUAGAAAACUUGAGUCGCUUUCUAAACCAAUCAGAUGUUGAGCUUAAACCAACUGUGUCCUGACCACUCACAUUUUCCCGCUCUUGAGCACGAUUACUUGUGUUCAUUUUGAGAUUUCAUUUCCUUUUGAAAUUUUCCCGUCUUUCAAUUGCCCAUUGUAGUCGACUUUGGGUUGGGGUUUGUGACACUUCAUCAAAAAGCGCUCUAUUGGGCCACUUGAAUCUCUUUUUUUAUUGCAUGCGCGACUUUAAAUUUAUCAUCGAGAGUUGCGCCUUGAAAAUCACUAAGUGGAAACAUCGUUUCGAUUUUCUUGUCGCUAAUUCCUCAUUUGCCCAGUUCAGUAAAAUACAAACAAAGCUGCGACCGUCUAGGUAUGUACAUGUGCGUUGCAUUUUGGCACAAAAAUCAUCAAAUUAAUGUUUUUUAUUUUUCUGAUCAUAAUUGUAGGUUGCAGCUGAAGAAAAAGUGCGCGCUUUGCAAGGAAAGGAAGGCGAGCUACAGCAGUUAAGACAGGCCCUGAGAGAGAGGGACAGGCUGAUUGAAAAAAUCAACACCGCUGUCCUUGAAUCCCAAGAAAAGAAUAAAGUAAGUGAACUACAAAUGUGACACAAUUUAACUUUCUUACUGAUAUUCCAUACGUUUUCAUAAAAAUCAGUGAACUCGAUUUUUUUAUGAUUUUUUUGGCACCUAAUUACAGUAAUGCUGUCAUUGUUAAAAAGGGAAAGGGAAAAAACAAAUUGGAAAAGUUAGUAGCAUAUAGCAUAUAGCAUAAGCAUACGUUAUUGGCGUAUAUUAAUUUUCUUUAAAACUUUUGGAAUCCUUUGGAAUUUCUAAACAACAUCUUAUACUAGAGGGUGAUUCCACAUGCCAAUAAAUCUUUCUUUAGCUUUUUACCUUUUUUUCAUGACAAUGUUAUUUAGUGCAGUAAGGUGUAUGUUGGGCCUAGACGAGAUGACUUUGUCACAGCCAUUGGAGUGUCUUCUAGUGACUACAAUUAUUGACUACUGUACGACUGUCUUUUCACGCUUGUGUAUCUGUCCAGCUAUUAGAACAGACAAGCAAAGAAAGAAAUGAAGCUUUACAAAAAAAGUUGUCGUCCUUCGAGGAUCAGCUUAAAGGAAAAAAGGUAGUUACAUUAGGCUGAGGUAUAAAAACAUAGUUUAACUCCCAAGAUCUGAUUGUUAAUUCUCCCCUCUGGUUGCUACUCAUUUUCAUGUAAAUUAGUUGAAAUAAUUUGGUGUUAGAUCAAGAUAAAACCUUAUACCUGAUAAGUUUGAAUAUUCUCAUUACCUGCUUUCCGGAUAAUGUAUGGUUAUUAGAGAGAGAAGUUGCAUGUUAAUCCUCUCUGGAGCCAAAGGGUUAAUGAUUUAUUCCAAAGUACUAUUAGCAGUGGAAAUAUCUUAAGUAAUCAGCUACACAAUAUGUCUGCAGACACCAAGAUUGAAUUUUUAAUUGUUUAAGGAAAUGCUAAGUCAUAAUACAGAAAGACGAAAAUUGGCAAAGGACGGGGAAAGUGCCAAAAGGGUGGCAGAUAUUUAAAUAAGAUGUCGCACAAUUGUACCCAGUGCUGGCCUAAGUGACUUGAGUAUUUUUUCAGAAAUAGCUUCCUUCUUCAGCCGGACGUGUUUUUUUCAUCGUAACAGGGAGAUUUAGAAACAAAAGAAGCCAGUUUGGAAGAGAAAGAACUUGUUAUUCAGAAACUAAAACACAAUCUAAACCACAGGGAAGAGGAAUUGAAGGUCAGUGUUAUUCCUGUUUGACAGAGGGGAAUCUUAUUCUGAGUUCUGCUAACUCUCGCGGAAUUCAAUUGCGUGUAAUGUAAAUCGGAAAUUACAACUGGCCGAGGAAUUUUUCGAUCCAGAAUCCUAUCACCGUUAUAUGUCCCCCAGUUCCUCUAAAUUUCUCCUUUGCUCCCGGAAAGUGAUUUAACACCUUCCAUAGAGUUAAAUUUUGCCAAGCUCCUCAUACCCAGAAAUCAUUCCCCACGUUUCCUCGAACAUUCGAGAAAACUAUUCAAUAAUUUUACCAGAAUUUAUUAAAAAAGAAAAAAAAAUGAGGCCUCGGUUCGCUUGCGAUCAGAUCGCAGCCAACUGAUAGAGACCGGCUUGUCUAAAGUUUGUAUUUCUGAUAUCUCUUUUGCUCGUAGGAAUUGAAGGACUUUGUAAAGACCGCGUUGAGCAGUCCAGACGAGGUUUGUGGUUGUAACAACUGUCUAUGCUAAACAUUCUUGCUUUUAGUUUUUAACCCCAACCCGAGGGUAACUAUGCUUAAAUUUCUCCCCUUUGUAUUAAUACAUGUAAAUAACGGCCUUGUUGUGGGAGCAGUAACUAUUACGUAGUACAAAGACUACAGGAAGUAUUGUGCAUAGUAUGACUUUAUUUUCGUCCUUGUAUCUUAAAGGAUGAAAGUUUAAGUGAUGAGGCAAGGAAGGCCCAGGAAAUAUCGGAAUUGUUGAAAGAAAAGGAAAAACUUUUGGAGGUAAAUAACCUUUUAAGUGUCUAGGAUACUUCAUUACAGUGACGUUAUCUUGAGCCGUUUUUCUCAGCUGGGCCAAUGAAAACCUUUGUUGAUCCGAAUAGCUUACAAGAAUAGUUUUCUUGGUUAGAUAGACAUGAAACAGGUAAAAAUAAACCAAAAAUGAAAGGGCAUGGUCAGGAAUGGAGAUGGUUAACACGGAUUACGAAUGACCACCCUUAGAGAGGAUUUACAACCAAACAACUCAACCACAGGUGACUCGUCAUGGUGACGAGGCUAUUAAAGUAUGUUUAUGUAGCAAACUUGACUAGGACACUGGGACUAAAAGCAUCUCUUAAUGUACGUUAUUGUGCUUUGUUUGGUUUUGUCAGGAAGUGUUCCAUGAGCGUGCCAGGUUAUCAUCUACCAAUGAAGCCAACACUCAAAGACUCAUGGCAGCUCUUAAAGACAAGGAGACUGCACUCAAGGUUAGAAUCCGAUCAAAAACUUCAUGUAAAAUUAUUUGGAUGCUCAUAAGCUUUUAACUCCUGUGGAGACUUUUCCAUGAAGUUUUGAGACGCCUCUAACAAGUAUAAACUAAACGUUUUGAUUACAAUUAAAAUCAUCCGUGCACAAUAUUUUGUAUAGAUCCCAAUCGCACUCACCUUAUUGUGUCAGCGUUAGUAAAUGAAAAUAUAAUAAAAAGUGGGUUUUGGCCGUGGCACUUACACAAGGUUGGCUUUUCGUCCACUGUUCUCCAAUGCUUAAUAGGAAUUCAUGUAAUUUGUUUUUGUGGGGUAAGGAGAAGCGGAGAACUCACAGGAAGCCUCCUAGCAAGAGACAAGGGAACAAGAACGAGAAAUAAUGACAAAAUAAUAAUUCCAACUAAAGCUUUGCUUUGACGCUGUAUUUGAAAAUGGCCUGAAAAUGUCGCAAAGUGCUCGCUUCUCUUAGGUCAGAAUGCCUAGAAUAGUCACCUACAAUGAAUCGAAAAAGUAUACUACUCGUACAUACCAGGUUUUAACCCGUUACUCCCGAACAUCAGUAUGAAUAUUCUCCAUACUACUUCCUAGACAUUACCUCUGGUUCUAACAAGGAUAAUUUGUUCAAAAAUCAAGAGCUUCUUUAGUUUGUGAUCAUCUCUUUUAUUCUCAUGACCUUAGUGUUUGAUUCAGGGCUGGUGUUGUAAGGAGAAUUUAGAUGUUAGUCGUUCUUAGGGCUUAAAGGGUUAAUAAACACCUGCCAAAAUGUUAUCUCUGUAGGAGGCUGCUGCUGACUUAACACGUGUACAAACUGAAAAGAACUCCACCAUCCAGACACUACAGCAAUUACUUAGCAACAAAGAGCACGAAGUACAGGUAAGACAGAAAUUGAGCCAAAAAAAAAAAAAAUUAAAGAAAAGUGCCUGAAAACACGACACUUUGUCCCGGCCAAGGUUUAUUACGAGACGUCAAGGCUACCUGGUCCUCUCCUCUCAACUUUGCCACCAGUUUAUGUGAACUUUCUUCUUUAUUUUUCUCUCUCUUUUCCUGUAGGCCUUAGAAAACAGCAAAGCCUGGGCGUCCCAGGAAAAUGAGAAGUUAAUUAACAAAUUAAGGCUGACCAUACAAGACAAAGACAAGACUAUCGCAGUGAGUCGUCUUACUAUUAAUAAAAAUAUACGAGUGUCGAUGUUUUGUGUCAAAAAUUAAUUCUUCUUGAUUGUGUGAUGUUGCUGAAAAUGCUCAAAGUUAUCCCCUUUAUUUUUCCCUCACCAGGGUCUUGUGGAAAGUGGACGAGAGAAAGAUAAGAUGUUGAAAGUGUUACAGGUAAAUUCAGCUUUGUUCCCAUUAGUUCAUUUGCAGCUGUUUAAGUUAACGAAACCCCUUGUGUCGCCAAGGUUUGAUAAAGAAUGAUGAAGUGUCCGUCUUCGGAGAUAGUUUUUGCCGCCUUCUUAAGUCGAAUAUCUAACCAAGAUUUUUACUGUUUUGAUAGGAGUCCAAUAAAAGCACACCAAAGGCCCCCAGCCCUGCCGAAGUGGUAAGAUUCCUUGUUAGUGUUUACCAGGUGUUAAACCAAUAAGAUGAUAAUCAUCUUUUUUUGUUCAUUUGAAGGCGGAACUAAGGCGAAAUAUUGGUCUAUUACAGGCUGAAGUGCAAAAGAAAGAUGGUAUGUUGCAAUUUCCGCCCAUUUUUAAUUGUUUUGAGUGUGUUGUUUCUGAUGGUUUACAUUGCUCUGUUAAGAUAAGAGACCUAGACUGUUAGUAGUCAGCUUUUCUCUCCGUGAAGAGCGGGAGCUAUCCUCUCUUGCAAACUUUAGGCGAGAUGAGGUUGGGACGAGACCCCGACUACACAGGGUCGUGGGCCGGGCGUUCUUAAUCGACACAGUCCCGACAUACUUAAUCGUGAGAUAAAUUUGCUUCACGCUCAGAAACGUAAAUGGAAAAAAAAAGACAGAUUACUGGUGACCCUGUGGAAAACAAAUGGAGAGCAGACCAGCGAAUACCGGAUUGACCCCUAAAUGUUUCAAAACAAGCUAUGAGCUUAUAAAAUUUACAAUUUCCUUCAUAGCAUCAGUAGUUAUUACACGCCAAAUUUGUACUUAUUUUACCUCAAAUCCUCCACAGAGGACCUGGUUACGAUAUUUUUAUUCGGUACUGGUUGUAUUUAUUUUACUUUGUUUCAGAAUUGAGCUACACAUUUUCGACAGAACCUUUUUCUCUCUAAAGCGAUUCUGUUUUUCCGGUGUUAUGUGUGUUGGUUUUAUCUUUCGUUGCAUUGUUUUCCUAUUUAGAAUCUCUGAGGAAGCUUGAGUCGGAUUACAGAAACAACUUGCGGAAACUUCAAGGCGAUGAUCAAGAGGUAGAUAAUCUGUACAGAUCAUUGUGUUUUAACUUGUUUACCGGGGGUUUUAACCUUCAUUCGUGUUUUUUUGCUGUUGGUUUGAAAGCUCAAUAAAGCUGUCGCCAGAGCCAGUGGUAGAGCCGGAGAUUUCCAAUGAAUCAGUUAAAUUUGGGGAGAAAAAUAUCAGAGAACUUUUUCUCGCUCGGUUGUUGUAAAACCAGAACUAAAUAAUGGCCAAUCAGGAGAAGGAAAAUAUCAAAAGGAAACAAUCGGAAUAAAUAAAAAUGCCUCAAGGGCGGGAAAAUUUGAAUGAACAGAUUGCGUUUUGUAUCUGGUCGAAUAAAGAGGUGAUGUGAUUGUUUAAAAUGGUUAUAGAACUUUUUUAGAAUUUUGCUUGCUCUGUUCUCUAACUGUUGAGGUGUGUGUUUCUCUUUCAGAACAAGUUGAAGUUUGAGAAUCUCCAGCAUGAAAUACAGACAAGAGAUGUACUCUUAAAACAGGCAAAGUAUGUGGUAUUCCUAACUUAUAUAUUAGAGAUAGACAAUUCCUCUCUUGUCUCUUGAGUUUGAGGAUGAACUUGCAGAGAGUUUUUUGAGUGGUCAGUCACCGGCAACAGCCCGGUAAUAUCGACGUUUACUCCCGAGUUCAAAUCAUUAUUGUAAUUGGCAAUGUUUUAGACUCUUAUAUCUAUUGUUAAGCAAUGGUUUAUGAAGAAAACCCAACUUCUUUUCAGAGAUGCUGGAAAGGGUGUAUACUCGGUUCUUGUUCCAUCUGAAGUGACGCGAACUACAACUUCCUGAUCAUUUAUUUAGAUCAAGGAGACGUAUUUUCCCACCCACUUCGCUUUACUCCUGGUUUCAGAGACAAGCUUAUUGGCCUGUUAUAGCGAUGCUCUAGUUAGAUAGAGUCACUAAUAGUUAUUUCAUUUCAGGGGUACAAUCGAUAAUCUUCGUUCCAGACUACAGAGCAUCCCUAAUUUAGAGGUUAGACCAAAAAAAAAUUAUUUGACUAAAUUGUUACACUUGGUUUGGCAAAGUGAAACAGUUAGACAAUAGUUUUCUUUCCUCUUUCUUUUUUACCUUAGGAUCUAAAGCAAAAGUUUGUAGAGCAGUCGCAGGUAAGUGUACACAGUGUGGCCUUUAUUUCUGUUCAUUUUAUAUCCGUCCUACUACACAUCGUUGUGAUGCACUGUUUUCUUUUCAUUUAAGGCCUUGGCUGAGGCUCAAAAAGGGAAAGAGCAAGCACUUGUUGAUUCAGUGAGUUUUUCCAAAGAGUAUGACGCCGUUGAAAAUGAUCAUUGUUAACUUACUGGGUGUGAAGGCAAAUGUUCUCAAGGGAACGAGGAAUCAGAGUUUACAAAACGUGCUUCAUGUUCAACAUGUUCAACUUCUUUUUUGAUUUGUUGAAGUAUUGAUGCUGUUUCGUCAGCAGUGCUGGUGCCUUAAUUUCUUAUCUUGUUUACAGGCCGCACUCAAGAAAUCUAACUUGGAGCUAGAAGCGGAACUGAAAGUUAAACUGAACAACAUUGAAAUGCUUAAUGAGGCUGCGCAGAUGAAGGACCGAAUUAUUAAGGUGCUCAAUGGGCUCAUACUAAACCUGUUUUGUGUUGGCCUAGCUUUAAUUCGCUAGGUGAUUGGCCAAGAAAAUUCGCGCCACCCCUCUUAAUCAAUCAUUAUCCUUUUUGACCAUUUCAAUUUUGGAACGGGUGUCGUAACUUGACAAUGAGCCAAUGAGAGGUCACUGUGAAAGGAAAUAGAGGAAAUCCCAUGACUAAGUCGCGCUUAGUUUUCGAUUUGCAUGUGGCGGAAUGAGAUGGUGGUGCGAGGAUACUAGAUCAAUCAUAACGUUGAGUAAGCCAAUGCCAAUGCAAUCCUGAACUCAUUUUUAUGUGAUGUUUUACAAGGGUUUCCAGCCCUGAGAAAAGCUUCAUCUGCACUCGUAUAUCGUACGAUAAUUUUUUUUUAAAGUAUGUUUGAUAUCGUUCAUCAACUGCCGACACGUCACUCGCCUUUCGUUUAACUUUCUCAGGUUGAUCUGGAAUUUCUCUUCUCGAGUUAAACUCAGUCCAGUUGAACACUCGAAGGGAAAUUCCUUAUCUACGCGCGCCCAAGUACUAUUUUAAAUGUAAAUUACUCUUUCUCUGAAACUCCCUCUAGAAUUUAGCUUAGCAAUAAAUAAGACUUCGGUGUUGCAUGGGAAGAUCAAUUUGAGUGGACUGCACUUAAAGAGUAUCAACCACGCAAUCUCUCUCUUUGAUCGAAGCGUAAGACUUCACAGCAGAUAUGUUUGCUUUAGUUAUGUGGCUAUGGCAGUCUAUCUUGGCCAUAGAUGAGCAUUCAUUCUUUCGGCUGGUUUUAGGGUCUUUUUCUACCGUUUUCUACACAGACUUAUCAGAAUUUGGCAUUUUUAGGUUCCUGUCCGAAAUCGUGUUUUGAUUUCACGCGAACGACCUUUUAUGCUGGAAGAUUAAACUACUCUUUUGUAUCCGCAGGAGAUGCAAGAAGAUCAACAGAAGCAGUUAAAAGACAUGAAAGAGAAUAUUGGAUAUUAUCAUAAGAAAGCUCAAGAACUUGAGGUACUCAUAAAGCUCUCUGUCUAAGGGAAGAUUUCUCUCUGAACAAUACAAGUCUCUUAAGUAUGGAACAACAACACAGAGGUUCAACUAUGCAGGGAUCUUAGGGAACGCACUUUUAACCUACCCCUCCUUGCUAAGACAAUACUAUAAUUUAUAAUGAAUUAGCCAGGAUUAUACUGAUGUGGGACCUUACGGGUGGGUCCUGUUAACGCUCUCCAGCGGAGUAUCUGUCAGGAUGAUUGGAAGUCCUAUGUCCCUGAAUGGUGUGAAAACAAAAGAUUCAUUUUGGUCUGAAAUGAACACAAUAUUUCCAGGCCUCAAAUAGUUCGCUACGGCAUCAGCUUAUGGAGACAGAGGACCUGAAGAAUUCGCUCGAGCAGCAACUCGAAAGCUACAAGGAAAGGUUAAAUAAUCAGGUAACAGAAAAUUUAUAAUUUUAAAGGAUACCUUACUCGACCAUAAGGGAGCUAGUACUGAUAUAAUUUAUUUAUCGUGAAAAAUUCGCUAUCCUUGACCUCUGCUUUUCCCGUUUUGUUUUUCCUUACUUAUUCGGUGGUUUGCACUAUUUUUCACAUUUCAUAUCGAGGUUGUAAUCCAUUUCUUAGCAACUGCACGCGCUGUUUUAGCAAUAGAAGUGUAGCGAGCUUACUCAGCUUGCUAAAAUGCACAGCCUUUAGUUGCCAAAAUGUAUUGAUAUUUAUCGCCAUUUGCUCGUAACUUUGUGGACCAUUGAAAUGAGAGAUAUAUUUUUUUGAAUUAAGUAAUUAAAUGUGUUGAUGACUUCUGAAUGGUCACGAACCGACUUGUUUAUUUCCGCGUGCGCCAGUCUUGAUACCGUGCGUUGUUUUAAAUUUUUACUUGAACCCUUCAAACAUACAGAGCAAUAAUAAAGAUCUUGUUGCGCCCCUACAACGUCCAUAUGGGCAGAGUAAACAAGUUUACAAGUUUCUAUGUUGCUGUGUUGAAAUAUAUGGUGAUAAAAUAUUUGUCCCUGUGUUAAACUCCAACUGCUGUUACCAGGCUUCUUACGGGGAGGAAGAAGUAAACCUUUUACGUCAAGAGGUCAGCAACCUUAAGGCCAGGCUACAAAGGACUGGUACGCCACACAGGGAAAGUCCUGGAGUGGGAGCGGGGGCCGAUGAACAGGUAAUUAAAUUUGAUCAUCGAGUCUGCGGGAUUCACAUUCUUGCGGGAUCUUUGGCUGUAUAGGUAUUUUCAACAGCAAGUUUUCCUCCGCAGAAGAAGAAUACGACUUAGAUGAAGAAUAUGAUUGACAUCUUAUUCUUUUUCAAGUCCUCUUUCUCUUAACCUGCCAUGCCAGUCCUUGACAAUGAUAACUCGUCUCGUAUUAUUUGUCCUAGCAACUUGCCUCCAGCAAAACUUCAAGCCCCCAUCCGGCAUCUCCGUAUGACGCCGCUUAUCAGAGAGAGAUACAAGAACUCAAAUCGAGGCUUGAAGAUAGUGAACGGUGGAAUGCUUCAUUGCAGGCUCGGUUGAAUGAAUUACAGCCGCGGGUCAGUGGUUUUGGGGGCUCAAGUGGAGACAGUUUACCCUCAAAGGUUCAACGAUUAGAGCAGGUAACCGUCGUCAUGGGUCUCGCGUACUCCUGUAGUAUUUAUUUCCAGAAAAUGUUAAUUUUUUUAUCGUUUUUUUUUUUAAAGAAUUUUCCUGGGUGGUUAGUUCGGUUAUCUGAACUGUUACGACGAUGUUAUGUCCUCCUUUCAUCGUGUGAACGGCUGCAAGUCCUUUUUAGAAGAUGCAGAAAACGAAGCGAAUAAUCCAAGAUGUCAAUACUUUGGAGCCGAUUGUUCAUAUUUUUAACAACGAAAUACACCAAAUAAUCGCUAUCCCAUGGAUAGCAUAGUUUAUAAAAGUUAAUCAGCGGAAACUGGAAUCACCUCUGUAGAGCGUUUUUCGUUCUUUUGAUAACCGGACCUAAAAGGGAAAUAGUUGCUGGUGAACCAGGACAACGCAGAUCCUGGUAGCGACCAUAAACCUGCAAUAAACUGAUAUUCACAUCCACUGAAACUAGAUACAAAUGCUGAGUAAACAAGGUUUCUCGUGGAUUUCAGGGAAGGUGGGGUAACUUGUAAGCUAUUGGCCUCCGAGUAAAUAUAUUUUUUCUCUUCGAUUACAUAACAUUACAUAAAUUUAUUGUCCCUCCGAUAAAAUGUUUAUGGCUCUAAGCCAAUCUUUUAGAGGUUAGAAGAAUUUUUAGCAAGCAGACCUUUUGUUAGAUUGUUUUUUCAGUAUGUUCCGUCGUUUUACACUUUUGCAGCAAGUGGAAAAAUUGAAGGAACAACUCAAACAGAGCGGCCAGCUGAAUGUUGGGCUCAAGAAUCAACUGGAUGAUAGUAAUUCGUUGCACAUACAGACUUUGGCUAAGAAAGACGAUCUGAUAACAGAUUUGACUCGACAGAUUGAUAGUCUUCAAACGCAGUUAGACAACACGAGACAAACGUUCAGCGAGUUGGAGAGAAGGUUACAAGAUGCAAACAGCAGACUAGAAUAUUAUGCUACCAGUUUGAACGGUAGCCAUGACGAUACCCUGCUUGAGCGGGAACAAGAAUUGGAAAUUUUAAAACACGAGUUAGACGAGUUGCGUCGGAUUCAAGCUCGUAACGAUCGGAACGGUUCGGAUAUGGCCGCGCAGACGUCGCCUUUAAAGGACUGGACUCAAGGGUCAAGUGAUGAGUUGAGGGACCUGGAACGUAGAUUAGAAGAGAGUGCGCAAACGAACGAGCAGUACAAGAAUAUUUUGGAAGAGAAGGAAUUGGAAUUGCAACAGCUUAAAGCGAUGGUAAGUAAAUUUACACUCUCUCACAUUUUCAAAGCGUUUUGCCGUCAGAAGUCGUAUUCGUCAAUGCAGUGCUACUGGUUUGUUAGUUUAAUCACGCUGCACCAUCUACGAAACUCACAACCUACUUUAGACGAUCCAAACGCGGUUUCCAUGCUUGAGAAUCCUGUUAACGUUAAAGCAGAUGUUCGUGCGAAAAUACUGUACUGUUCUAAACAUACAAAAUUGUGUCCUGUGGCUCGAACGUUCGCUCGAGCAAUUAAAAAUUUUAGUUGCCGACAAACGGCUGACGAGAAAUCUGGUCGUCCAAAUCCUUUUAUUAGGGAGAGAAAGCAGUCGGAUGGCGACACCGAGAAAGCAUUUAAAAAAAGAUUGAAGUAACAUUCGGCAAGUACGUGUGUUGAAUCAGAAUAUAGUAAGAGUCGCUCGAGUGGUUCCAUGUUUAAGUCGUCUUAAACCGUGUCAUACCUCCUCUACGACGAAGAAUGUGAAGGAGUCGUUAGGUUCCAAGAAGAAACGGAAAAAUUUGCCGGCAAGACUUGUGUAGUCAGACUACGCAAAAUUUGAUAAUUUUACGUUGUUGGUUUGCAGCAGACGACUGAGACAUUUGAGAAGUUUUAAAUGGCAUGCGCAGAGCUAUUGUUUGCUCAUUAAACGUUUUACUUAUCCGUGGUCUCGUCGCGUUGGGUUCUGUUUGCUCAAAUGCCUCCGCUUUCAGUGGUCUGAGUUUUGAAAAAAUCACGUGCAACAAGAGACCCACAGAGGAACCUGUUUUGCAUAAUUGGUCAAAGGUGUGGUUUUAAAUAGCUUUUGAAGGAAUUGGUCUUGCAACUGGAUUUGAAAUCUGGAGGUUUGCAGAGUCAGUUUUUCUCCUCCGUCACUCACUGGAUUUGUCUCUUGUUCACCACGAGUUCAACCUCUCCUGUAAUUUGUAAAUAGCUAACCUGUUUGCCUCCCACAUAAGAGGAUACAUGAAAAUAUGUCCUCUUUACAUUAUUAGUUUGUGUAUUUACGUUGUUUACAAAUAGUACAGGAGUCUUAAGCACAUUGAGUGUAACAGCCGUCAAUUUCGUGUCAAUUCCACGUUUUAUUCGAUCCGAUCAACUACGCUCAGCACACUGUUCGAAUAUAAUACCGAAUGAGAAAUCCUUAAAAAUAAGCAAGUUUCCUUAUCCGUAACCUUGAAAAUUACUACAAUAACCGUAUUGGCUCCGUAAUGUUUCCUACCUGCGAUGUGAGUCUUGUGAAACGAUCCUCAUCCGAAAAAAUAAAGACGAAAAUAACAAGUGAUUAAAACGCAAGUGCGCCGAGGUUUGAACUAGCGUCAAAUGACGAAACCUUGGCAGAGACUGGGCCUAGUGCACAGGAAACCAAACAUUUACAUCGAGAUAUGAAGAUAUGAGAUACGAGCGUCCAUUGAGAUGAGAAGCACUUUGGAAAUUUUGGGACUGUGAAAGAUGCUUAAGAGUUGUUCGCGACGUAUACGACAAACGACUCUAGACCCUUGAAUGGUCUCCAAACUCUCUUAGUUUUUCUUAUCUCAAUAAAUGCACAGCUGACUAAGAAACAAAUUGUUUUAUAACGUUUUCAAUAUUGUAUUUCAGAUGUUUUAUGUAAAGUGAAGUUUCCUCUGCGGCGCUUCCUAAGCGUGCCCAAAUGGAAUACGAAUAUGUUCUCACCUCCAACGCUUAAGCGCAUAUUUUGCAUUUGAUCCGCGCUUAACACACUUUUCUCGUAAUUUUCGUCAAGCUACUUUAGUAUGAUGUUUGCCCAUUUCAAUACCUGAUUAAAGAACCAACCUCGUCAUAUUUUUUCCGUUUUACAGGAGGCAUCAAGAGAUAAAGAAAAGUCUAAAGCGAAUGAUCGAGAGAUGGCUGAAAUCGAAAGACUCCGCGAGGAAUAUGUAACAGGUAUCAAAACAAACGAAGAAGUUAAAAAGGCUCUUGAAAGUGAACGGGGAAAGAACCGUGACAGAUCAAGGGCUUCGGAUGGAGUCCUGGAACUUCGGCUACAGCUUGACGAAUCCUUACAGAAGAACGAAGACCUUCAGCGACAGCUUCACGAGAGCGCCCGAUCCGAGGACGAAGUUAACCGACUGAGGCACGAUCUACAAAAUGCUACCCAAAUGAAUGAAUCGUUAGGAUCGCAGAUACGGGAAUUCAACGAAUCUUUUUCCAAAAUAAAAGGGGUUAGGGCAGAUGCAGUAAAAAUGCAGAAAGAACUGAAAGAUGCUCAACGUUUGAAUAGAACACUCACAGAUCAGCUCAAAGAGACGAGGAAAUCUGCGGAGGAAGUUGGAAGAGUACAGCGUGAGCUUAGGGAGGCUAAAAUGAUGAAUGAUCAGCUUGGGAAACAGCUGUCUGAGCUCCUGAAUCACUCGGCGAAGGUGAAAACCCAAAUUGAAAAGUGAGAAUAUUUUUCUUCGUUUGUCCAUGUUACAAUUAUUAGUUGAGUAAGAUGCGGGAAAAAGUUUGGUGAUGGGGUUUUGACCGUAAACUAACGGUGUUGUUACGGGCAACCUUCCUCGGUUUCAGUGGUAACCGAAUCUCAAGAGCCGUGCGUCACCAAACUUAAAGGCGCGUCGCCAGUGGUAACGAAGCCAUUUUGUCGUGACAACACGAUUUUAACGUCAAAAGAUUUUCACUGCACUUCCGUCGCGCUUCACUCGACUGAUAGUAACUGUAGGUUACAACAGAAAGUGGUAAUAGAAAUUUUACUCAUUAACUCCUCAAUCUAAAAGUGAUAUCGACGAACUGACUUUUCUUCUUGUGCUAAGGAUUUGGUGCGAAUCUUUUCAAUGUUUCCCCCAACUGACCCGUUAAAUAUUUUCCAUCUGUUUGGUUGACUGACUGAAAUGACCACACUCCGUGUCUCUUCGACCUUUGUUACUAUAAAUAGCAUUUCAUUACAGUGUUCAGUUUAUUGAAUGAAUAUAAAGUGCUAAUGUAGUAAAUGUUAACAACACAACUGAACAGGCAUGACGCGCGCAUGACGUUUAUCAACACCUUUUUUAUUUUUAGAUUGCAGCACGAAUUGCAAGAGAAAGACAAGGUUAUUGAGACAUUACAGCUGAGACUUCAGUCCAAAGCUGACAUGCAGUCCAUAGCGCUGUCUCCAUUUUCGUCGCCGUCCAGACGUUUUGUAGAAACGCAAACCAGUCCGGCGGCUUCACCUCAGGUAAAUGGAGAAACAGGUCAACUGAUUAGACGGUCACCGAGCUAGUUGUCCAACACUCGCCCCUUUCCUAUCCCAAUGUGGUGCUUCCAGUUAUCGCUUGGGUUUCCCACUAGGUCGGGGCGAUGUGAUGAGAGACACCUGCUCUUUUUCUGAUCAUCCUGGAUGCAACUCAAAUUUCAAUUUUCUACAAUUAAAAGCAUUUAAGUUUUUUUGUCUCAUUUUUUUCACUUAAACUAUACCUAAAUGAACCUUCAGUCAAGUAUAUUAUGUUAUACCUUUUGAGCGCUAGAAUUUUUGCAUGUAGUGGGAACCUUCAUGCAAGGGAGACCUGCAGGUAUAGAGAAAUUUUCCGCUCGAUUGGUGUCCCUUCAAUGAAAGUGUCAGAUACAAAGCUUGUAGGAGUAUUUGCUCAGAGUGGAUCAAAGCUUGUGUGUUUAAAUGCAGUUUUUCUCAGAAUGUAGGGGUACUAGAAGAACGGUUCCACAGUAUUUGCAUUAAAGCUCCUUGAAGUAACUGAAGUAAACUUGUAACAGGUAAUAUUUUGAGGGCUCUUCGAAGUUUAAUUCCCUUUUUGUCUUCCAGGGGAUGCGGGAGAGGUCAUCGCAAUCAAAUUCCCCGACUGAGGCCAUUGAGAAGCUUCAGCAGAUGAACAGAGUGCUGCUGGGAGAAAAUCAUCUGUUGAAGAGCAAACUGAAAGACUGUGAAAAGUUAAACGAAACACUAAGGAACGAGAACGACUUGUUCUCCAGAUUACACAAUCAGUCCAACGAAACGCAAUCCACCAGCCAAAAACGAUCCAACAUGGACGACCUUUUGGCCGGAUUCAUGGCUGAAAUGCGCGAACUGCGCUUGCGCUUAGAGGAUAGUAUUCGCACUAACGAUGCGCUGCGGGCGCAGUUGGAGAUGCGACUGUCCGAGGGGGCAGGUGACGGUAGUGCAUCGAGCGCUCCUGAUCAAAUUAUUUUAAUUCGCGAGAAUGACUCACUGCGGGCUGAGUUACUGAAAAAAGAUCAAUCUAAUGAGAAAUUGAAGAGAACCAUCGAUGGAUUAACGCGAGAGCAAACGAGGUAAGUCUGGUGACUGUUUCUGAACUGUUCUACACAGCUCAAUGGUUUGUGCUGUCAACUGCAAACCAAGAGAUUGAGAUGUGAAAUGUUGCAGGGACACUUUUUUCCCUUGUUUUCGUUCAUCUUCCGCUGAAAGUUUUACAGUAAGCCAUGUUUGCUAAACGCCAGGUUAUCUCGUUCCAGUAUAAACUUACAAUGGUCAACUUCCUUGUGUUUAUCCAGGGGCAAAGAGCAACUCAAUCUUCUCCGCCAACAGAUGUUGGAGAGCACUAAAGUUGCUGAAAACCUCAGAAAAGAAUUGAGUGUUUACGAGAAGCUCCACAAACUGUCUAACGAAGGAAGGAACAUCGAAUUACAGACUGAUGGUAUGUAUCUGUGGCAUUCGGAAAUUUGAAAGGACCGUCUUUUUCUGUAAUCAUAUCCUUUAUAUUUUCUCCCAUAACCCUGUGUCAUGUGGUGUAUGUUUACUGGUCAUGGCAAAACUUCCUUUCGAGACUAAUUAACCCUCCGUAACCAAACUAAACCCGCAAUUUUCGUGUUUGAGCUACCGCGCAACCACUCAGCAAAAUGAUUUCUCCUUUGGAGCCGACCGUUUUUUAUUGAAUGAUUCAAGAAGCAUUUUACAGUGGCUUUUUAUUAGUUUUUGUAGCAGGCUGGUUUUAGGGAAAAAGUACACACUGCAAGACGCCACUGAGGCUUUGAGGGAAUAAUGCGUGGCGAUAACAACCUAAGGGGCAGGAAAACAUAGCUCUCGAAUUCGCGAUUUGUUUUUGUUUUUGUUUUUUUUUUCCUCUGAUGGCUCGAAAGGAUGGCUCAGGUCUUCUAGACAAAUCACAGGGUAAAGCCAGAGUGAAAGGAAUACUAACAUGGAUGUUCUCAGUUUCGUUACUCAACCGCAAAUGGAUUUGUAAACCAAUUUCUGACAUUUCCGUAGGGCAAAGUUAUGGCAGUGAGGGACCUCGAAGUCCUAGCAGCGAGUCACAGCAAGACGCCCUGUCGAUGUUACUGGCUGAAAUCCGAAGCCUACGAAUCCAGCUGGAGAAAAGUAUUGAAACCAACAAUGCAUUGCGACUUAGACUUGAAGAACAACUUAGUCGGCCUGCCAGUUCACCAUCCCAGUCUCCAAGCAGAUCUCAAGGCACGUUCACUCGACGGCUGAACUUCUCGGAGAGGAAGGGAGGGGAAGAUAUUGGUACUGUCGAGUCUGUCACAGGUAGAGCGUCUUAGUGAUAGCCAUUAUUAUACCUGAGUAUACUUUUUCAUUUACGCAUUUUGUGCUGUCCUAGUGAAGCUUCUUAUGGGUAAACUUUUCAAGUUGAAACUCUUUUUCUCUUUUAGACUUACAAAAUGGUGGAAUUUCUACCGAGGAGCAACAAGUUAUGAGUCAGCUUGAAGAGAAGUUAGACUCUCUAAACAAGUUUGCAACUGAGGCGUACAAUAGCGUUAUAUCAAGCUCGCAGGUAGUUUGUUUUUUGUCGCUUUAAAGCCGGAUAUAAUGGUUUAGUUUCCUAAUAUCUCUUUUUUUCCUUUUACUCACCUUUACAGACCGAUAGUCUGCCUUAUAUUGAAAAUAUUUUGAGAAUUAUUUUACAAUGCAAGGCGCUGUUGAAGGCAUUGCAUGUCGACAUUUCUCGUCAGCGUACACACAGUGAUCCAGAUGAUUCUGACAAAGAGGUAAGGCUAUUUUUUCCCUACAGGGAAACCACUACGACAGAAAAUAAGACGCGAGAUAUCUAUGCAUGCAAAAAAAUUAACAUGAGUUUGUGCUGACUUUCGAUUUUGUACCUGUAGUGGCGACCUUUUUUUCGCAAAUUUUCUGUGCUCUGUUCCAAUACCGCUUAAGGUUAAAUUUACUGUUUUUGUCUCUAAAUGCGAAUCAGAGCGUGCUCGUCAGACGUGGCUUCCCUUUCUUCGGCAACUACAUCUUGCCUUUUGCUGUAAUGGUUCAUAGAUAACUCGCCCAUUGUUUUGAGUAAAGGAUUUUAACUCUGUUCUUUUAUUUUGCUUUAUUUUUUUGGUGUUGUUGUUUAUUUUUCCGUCUUAUUCUCUGUAGAAUGAAAGUCUAAAGCUCGAAAUUGGAAAAUUAAGACGCCGACUUCUUAUUCAAGAAGAUAUAAUUAAACGAGCGUGUGAAAGACUCGAGGUAGGCCAGAACACUUGUAGAAACAUGGAUGUGAGGCUUGAUCUUAACUGAGGGUUUCACUGUUAUUUUUUACUCAGCUCUGUUGCACUAAUUUAAAUUUUUUCUUUAGCUGGCUUUUGAAAUAUCACUGGUCUGCUAUGACUGUCUAUAUCUUUUCUUUUAAGAGUAAGAGUGCUUAGUUCAACACAUUCACUGUUUUUGUCAUCUGAAUGUCACACAAGUGAAAUUCAAAUUCGUUCGCUCUUAGUAGUUCAAGAGUGAAUUGUAUAUUGUCCCCCACACCGCAUAAGUCAUUUUCUCUCUGUCCCUGUACUAAAACUUUUAACCUGAAUGUAAUCAGGGAAUAAGUCAUGCUCGGCUAAGGAAACCUUAUCUCAGCAAUUCUAUCGAGUCUGACGCUAAUAAAUAACGGGAAACUGAAGAGGCCAUUUUACAGUUGUGUAUUUAGUUGCCAAGCCUUUUAUUUGGAGUGAGGCUGAAGGUGACCUUGUUGUGAUAGAGACCAGUACCUAGUUAGCGUAACAAUAAAGCAAUUUACAUUUAAAAAGCAGCAAGGUUUGUAUCAUAAUAUGGUCACCCUUAGUCUCACUCCUGUUGAAAGGCUUGGCGACCAUGCACGCAACUGUAAAAUGGACUAUUGUCUAAAUUUAGUAACUCACUCACUGAAACGCCUUUUUAGUAACAAUUUAACUUUCAAUAUUAUCUGGUAACCUCUUAACUGACUUUCAUUUAACUGUUAACGAUCAAUAAUCGUGAAUAACUUGAACAUAAACACUUAACAUACUGUUCGUUUUGUUCUCUUUGCUUCGUGUCUUUUUUUUUUUCUGCUCUGAUUCUUUUUCUCUUCCUGUCCAGCGUUGAUCACUCAAAGUUCCACUGUCUUCUGAUCAACGGUAACAAACGUAAUAUGUAACUUUAUCCCUACUAAACUGCUCAUGCGUCUUAAUUAAGAUGGUAUUAACAUAUCACAUCACCUCACUGAGCUUUGCCGUUGUUCCAAAAUGUAACCACGCAACACCAUAACAUAACCAAUCACGUAAAUUUAAAAAAAAAACUUGCAUGUACAACAUGAAAUUUCAAUUUAAAUAAACUUAUCAUAAGUUGAAAGUGGCCGGCCGACUUCGAUUGAAUUUUACGUGACCUUAGUAACAAAAGAGUUCGCACAUUGUAGGGGUGCUUCACCCUCGCUCUGAUAAAGGUUGAGUAGCGAAGAGGACUUAGUUUUGUGUUUUUGUUUCUUUCUUGUUUGUGCUUUUUUCUUCGUUCGUUUUUUUUUUGUUGUUGGGUGUUUUUUCGUCGAUCAUUUGUUCGUAAUGGAAGUUUGUCAAGUAAGCAAAGACAGAAGUUGAGGUUAUUACGAAAAUAACCUCGCGCGGGCCACAAACAAAUUGAUUAAGAUUUGAAAGGUUAUUUUUGAUAUAAGAAUACUGCCUCUUCUUUUUCGUGAACUGUCAGAGGCAUUUUCAAAUUCCAUCUCAGUAAAUGUCGAGUUUUUCUGUUUCUUCAGACCACAAAUAAAGUCAAGGAGAGCACACGUGAUGAGAUUAUUGAACACUGUGAGUAUUUAUGAACACCUUAGUAUGGACAUCUUUAAAAGAAUUUACAUGUAGUCUUCACUGGUGACUCAAACUUUGUCUCGGUGAGAGUUACGUUUAUCUGGAAUGAAAGCAAACUUUAUUUACUUUGGAUUUGUCAAUGGCCCUUGGAACUAAACUGAGCUUCGUUUGCUAACGUGUUUUACAAAGUUAAAACAACGAAUUUUUCUUAUGAUCAUCGCUAAAUGUAACCCGUUUGAGAGUCGUUCAGAACCAAACUUUCCUCCCGCAAUAGAGUAGAAGUUAUUGCAUGUAACGUGACCAUCGAGGAAAAAGAGUGCCCCUGACGGGAAAACUUAAAAUUGGCGUUCAGCGCAUCAAACUUGUAGGUGGUGACUGUUUCAGCGAAACAUUCAGCGGGUUAUAAGCGUAGCCGUUGAGCGCUGUGAAUCAUAUCAUUGGUACCUUGCGCUGGAAGACAAGCGACUGAUUUGGGUUCUGAAAAUGAGAAAACGUUUACAGUUAUCCAGCGCGGAAAAUUUUUAAGCUGUUUCUGUGCGCUGGAAAUCUCGGAGCAAGUACCCAGCGGGGUAAAAUGCGCUAAUGGUUCCAAGCAUGUGAAGCAGACUAGUGGUGUCAAGUGCGGGUGAAAGUCGCGUGAGAGAAUGCCCUGUUUCUAAUUGUUAGCUUGAUCGGUUGAAAAGCAAGACUUUCGUUUCUUUGAUUGAUUGGAGGGUAUUACUUAUAACUGAAGUUUUUUAAACCCAGUAAGAGUUGAAGAAAUAGGAUCAAAGCGUUUUAAACCUUCAUAAACAGCUUUGAUCAGAGGUAGAUGAUGAGUGCUUGCUGUCAAGUUACAGAAAAAAAGAUAAAUCUUUAAAAAAAACUUAAUUAAACAUAAAAGUCGGUAUGUUGAUCAAGUAUACGAUAAAUUUAAUACUGGUCAAUAGAGAUAUUUACCAUUUCCUUUAGAGUUCCUCCAUAUUAAAUCCCCUUCAUAAUAUAGCGAUGAUGUCUCAUUUGAGAUUUGUGGAGCAUCAGCCAAGAGAAAUUAUCCGUGGUCGUGUAACCAAAAGUAAAAACGAAUUUUGAUGGAGUGAUAAUACCAUACUUUAAUAUUUCCAUUCUUAAAUCGAAAGCAUCCUGUUUUUUCCUCCGUUUUAAAAUUACUUUCACAGUAAAAGUUUUAAUUUGUAAUUUUUAAUUUGUUUCUAGUAUCCGUCUCACAGAAGGUCUUAUCCGGUGCCAGGGGAAAAUUAGAGGUCAGUUACCAUGGCUGCUGCAGAAAGGGAAGACUUGAUUUCGUGGAGGGAUCAAUAGAAACAUAAGAGCUUGGAUGGGUGCAAGAUAAACAAAUGAACGAUUCAAACAUAAGAUGACAAUCACGCAUGUGGUAGUCAGCAUGAGCAAAAUCUCUGCUCUUCAAAGAGCAAGAUAUGUUAAAAUUCUCUCAAAAUAAAAAGGUCUCACUUUCUACUGCAUUCCAGAACUUUAACGCGGGAGGAAUUUUAGAGUUUUAGCGAAGGUCAGACUAUUUUAAUCUCUAAUUAAUUCAAAUGUAGCAGUUUUCUCUGGCAAUGUUCUUUCAGUUAGAUGCACUUGUGUUAAAGUUCCCCUUAUUGAUCGAUAAACUUCUCUUUUUUUCAGAAUCGUCUUCGUCCAAGCAAGGCAGCUAAAUAAUAAGGGAACGCAAUUGUAAAAUGAUAGGAUAUAAAGCUGUCCAAAAAGUUAAGUAUAUAAGUUAAAGAAAUUUUUUUAAAAAAUUCUAUAUUUUCGAUCAAUCGUAAAUCAAUUUUUCUAUCGAGAAAAUUGUUUAUUUUUUCAUAAAACAAUAACAAAGCUAAAAAUAGUGUUACUGAAGGCCAGUAUUUAAAAAUUGGUCUUCAAAUAACACCGAGGAGCUUCAGCAGGGCAGGUUCAUUGAUAUUGUACAUUCAUUAUUGAAAGUAUCUCAAAGGAAAUGAAUUUGUCAUCAUGUAAAAUGUUUCACCAAUAGAAAUGGUUUCGUUAAGUUAUUGUUUGUUUGUUUGGAUUUUUUUGCAUCUCCACAGUAGUUUAGGGCUUGAAC